AUGGAUUGGGAGCCUGACCAUGUAGACUUCAUAGUAGAGAGAGGAGCUGACCUAAAAGAUGAAGAGGAUGGAAGAAGGAUGCAUCGCUCGCUGCUGCCACGUGAGGAUGACCAGGAAAAUGUUGAAGCUCUUGAGAGAAACAUACAAGCUAGGGGAUACAAAAUUGUGGAUGGUGAAAUGCAAGACUUCAUAGUAGAGAGAGGAGCUGACCUAAAAGAUGAAGAGGAUGGAAGAAGGAUGCAUCGCUCGCUGCUGCCACGUGAGGAUGACCAGGAAAAUGUUGAAGCUCUUGAGAGAAACAUACAAGCUAGGGGAUACAAAAUUGUGGAUGGUGAAAUGCAAGAAACAUCGUUAGAGGAAGGCAGCAUUUUGCCUAAGGCAGAAGCCAUCAAGGGCAUGCACAUUUUUGAUUCCGCUAAAAUAAUACUUGUCCCCAUCAAAGAAAUGACUGAUGUACUUUCAAUAGAAAGCAAAACAGUUGAUCAUUCCAAUGAUGCUUGGGUAAAAAUGAAGACUGGGACAUAUAAAGGGGACCUUGCCAAGGUACUGAGUUUCUGCCUUUCUAGUUUUUCUCCUUUUUUUGUCCUUAUAAUGUUCUUUUGUGGCCUUGCUCAUCUUCUUACACAACAAGUUACUUUGAUUCAAGAAGGUAGAGAAGCUCCAAAGAAAAAGGCAAUUACUCCACCACGUUUUAUGAACAUUGCGGAAGCUAGACAAAAUCAAAAGACUGGUGAUUACUUUGAGAAUAUAGAAGGCAUGAUGUUCAAAGAUGGUUUCUUAUAUAAAACAGUAUCCAUGAAAUCAAUCAGUAUACAGAACAAUCAACCAAGUCUCGAUGAACUUGAAAAUUUUUGGCAACCUGGUGAAAAUGGAGAUGACGAUAUGGCUAGUUUGUCGACUCUAUUUACAAACCGAAAGAAAGCACAUUUUAUGAAGGGCAAUCGAGUUCUUAUUCUGAAGGGCGAUCUUAAGAAUUUGAAGGGAUGUGUCAAAAAAGUUGAGGAAGAUACUAGCACUGUUGUUAUCACUGACGAAGAGCUUUGCAAGCACUUUGAACCUAGAAAUCAUGUCAAGGUUGUAUCUGGUGCAAUAGAAGGUGCAACGGUCAUGGUGGUUUCUGUUGAGGGGCACAGGGUGAAUAUACUGUCUGAUGCAACUAAGGAAAUUAUCUCUGAGGUCACAUCUGGUAUAACUAGGAUUGGAGACUAUGAGAUUCAUGAUGUUGUGCUUCUGGAUAAUUUGAGCUUUGGAGUAGUCAUAUGUAUACAGAGUGAAGCUUUCUAG